UUGUCACGUGGCACCCCAGGCCACUGGUAGACCGCUAGGAAGUGGGUCGGCUCAGCAUUAGCGGCCAUGAAGGUUACAGUCUGCCUGCUGCUGCAGCAAUAAGGUCUGUCUGCCUGUACUGCAUUGUUGGAGUUGAUUUCACUGAAACUACAUAGGGAAAGCUUACCUGUCUGUCCCCCCCCCUCAUCUUCUCCCCUGAAAUUAUCCUCCUGUUCAUUAUCUCACCACCUGGAAGCUCUCGCAACAUGGCAGAGGCCCCAGCGUUCAUUGACGAUGGUCUGCCUGUCCAGUGGAAUAAUUCCAUUCGACCCAGAAGGAAGCUUGGAUGUUCAAAUAUCUUUUCGGGGGUCAACGUGCAUCAACUGCGCAGGCUGUUCAGAACAGCAGGAGACCGAGAUGCUAAGCAGCGGGCGAAGCUGGUGUGGCGUGGAGUGGAUGCAGAUAUAGAGGGAGCAGAGGAGAGGUGGGAGAGGGACGAGAGAGAGGACGAGGCAGGACUCGCAAGGGCCUUGGUGGGGCUCAGAGUCCGAACAAGGAAUAGAGCCGGCAUCAGAGUGGAAGGACACCGAGACCAAAAGCAGCCUAGAGCCUCAGGAUAUGUCAGGCCUGAGGAGCUGUUAUCAGACUGCUCUGUCGAGGAUGAAGAGACUGCCUUGGCGCCAAGUUCGGAAGAAUUCCUGUUGGAUGCUGAGAAAGAUAUCCCAGAAAACCAAAAUCCCUUCAAACCUUCCUCAUGGAGGUUGGGUUCGGCCAGGCAGGGCACUGCCCAAGACUCUAAGCGAUACCUUCACCGCAUCCUCCACAAAAAGCUGCCUGGAGUUUGAAAUGACACACACGGGUAGAAAAUGGGAUGGAGUUGUGAAUUAGGACUGAUUAUGUGUGAAAGUUCACAAUUUAUUGCUGACUUUAGACCCUUUCUGCUAACAUGUACUCUACAUAUUCGACCCCAGCACAAGCAGUCUGGUAAACCUCCUGUGGGAUUAGUCCAAUGCUUAUAGGUAAACCAAAUACAGGCAUGUUGGCUGCAGACAAGCACAAUCAAUAUUAUUAAAUCAGUUGGGAACUAGAAUAGCACUCAGAAGCAUGCAGACCAACUUCCCCAUUCAUUUCAAUCAAGCCCCACCGGAUUAACAUAACUAUAGUUCCCUAAAUAUGCUUUGUUUUUUCGCCAAGAUUCAUGAAAUUAGUGAAAACAUUAAAAAAAAACUCCCUCUAAUGCAAUGUUAAAGAAAGUGAUUACAAAUUCCUGGAUCGUUACCAAAAUGUUUUGGGUUCUAUCCUGAGCCGUAAGACAUCCUUAACAGUUUCAUUGUAAUCCCUACAGUAAUUUUUGAGUAAUCUUUAUGACUAUCAGACAAAUACCAGUUGAAGCACAACCACCUUGGUGAUGGUAGUGAACGCUGUUUGUCCCUUCCCUAAAAAAAAUUAUUAAGCAUGGCAUCUAAACCACCAACUCCAUGUGGAGUAAGGAUACCAUCAUUCUUUUAAACCCUGCAAUAACUGAUCUUGUUAGCCUGUUGGGGGAAACAGAACCAAGUGGUGUAACCAAGCUGACAUAAUACCAAGUUAAUAAGCCAACGUUUUUUAUUCUCUAUUGCAGCGGAAAGGGAACAACAUUAGCAUUCAGUUAGAGUCAGGUUUCUGUCCACCUGGCGAAUGGGAGACAAAUGCUCACUCUCUCUCCGCUGUUAGAUCUCCACAAACCCCUGAGGAAAUAUUUGUCUCUUUAGCUAAUGAAGGCUCCACUUUAUUCACCAGCCACGGUAUGUGUGCAUAUGCUAGUGUGUGUGUGUGUGUGUGUGUGUCUGCCAGCCAAUCUGUGCUGGCUUUGCCGGAGCUUUUUCCACUGAAAACCACUGCCUGCAGCGGCUGGAAACAGAGCUGAAGAGAGUUGUGAGAAAUAACCAAAAUAGUAAUGUAAAACCAAAACAAAUCAGCUAGAAGGAACAGCAGAGUCAGGUGAUAAUUCUCUGUGGAACCACCACAAACAGCUCCGAUCACAAACACCUUCUGUAGUCACUUGAUCCAUCUGUAAUAUAAUACCAUUGAUAAGAGCAGCUGUAAAAGGUGAUCGACUGUGAGAAUCAUUGAUAACAUGUCUAACAUUGUCUGCAGCUGUAAUGAUAAGCAGUAUACAAGAACAGUAAAGCCCUUUAAGUC